AUGCUUACAAGGUCGAAGCGAGACGGAAGAAAGGUUAGCUUUCAAACGUCACAACGGGGUAAAAAGGAAUCUACUUCAAAAAUGACCAGGAUGUCUAAGAGAGCUUUUGUUCUGACAAAUUCAUCUGAUGAAGAUCACACCCCUGAAGAAGCCGAAGUGCUCAAACAAGUUUCAGAAAGCGAACUUGAAACCGAAGAAAGCACCGACACUGAAAAUAAUGGAACAUCAGAACACGAAUUUCCAGAGGGAGAUGAAAUAACUAAUGAUGAACUGGGAGAAGAGGAUGACAGUUCGGAUUUAGACUUUCGAAUCACUACGCGUUCUACAAGAAAUAAGCCACGAAUCAAUUAUUCUGAUGAGACAUAUUAUUCAAACCGUCUUGGUGAUAAUAAUGGAAAUUCGAAAAGGAAAGCAAAAGAAUUAUUUUCAGGUGACGAGAUUGAACAAAAACGGAUUAAACCUUCAAAACAAGUAAUAAGAAAUAGGCGGAACAAUUCUCGUCGAGAUAAUACAUAUGGUGAUUCAUCUGGGCAAAAAAGGCGAUCUCUUCGAAGUAAUAAAAAUUUCAAUGAGGCCAGCUACUAUGAAGGGACUUCUAAUAGUGGCGAAGAUGAUGAAUCAGAGUUGUCGGAACAAAAUGAAUCAUCUGAAUCAUCGGAGUCGUCUGAUCAAGAAAGACACGUUUUCCGAAGGAAGAUAAAGAAAAACUAUCAUAUAGUAUCUUCAGAUGAGUCUGAUAACGAAAUCAUAACAGAAGCAGCAGAAACUUCUAAUUCGCCUCCAAAAGCUUUAGUAACGGAGUCAGAAGUUGAAUUGCAGUCUGUACAUAUAUUGGAUCCAAUUCCUCCAUAUAAGAUGCUAAGAAAGGAUGAUCCAGAAUUUAUUGAAAAGCACAUAUGGUGGUGUGAUAAAUGUGGUGACAGUAGCAAAUCCAAAGGGGCUUUUGUAUAUUGCGAAAAAUGUUCAAUUACGUAUCAUAGAUCAUGCUAUCAAUUAAGGUCUACAGUUGUGAAUGGUAUUGUUGAAUGUAAGUUUUGUAUCGAAAACGAUCCUGAGUGCAUUAUUUGUCAUAAACGUUCGGAAGAGGAGAGUCAGCAACCACCCAAUAAGGAGAUAAGUAGUGAACGAUCUAAAGAAAUAAGUGUAAAUGAAGAAGUUGUG